AUGAAAGCCUUUCAAUUUCUUUACACCGUGGGCGGUUUGUCCCUCGUCGGGGCUCGCACAUUGCCCUUGAGGGUUCGAUCGUCCGACGCCACGUCCAAAGUCACGGCCACUGAGUUCGGCAGUGUCUUCGAUACCCCGGUGACCAUUGGGGAUCAAACCUUUCAGAUGCUGAUCGAUACCGGCAGCAGUGACACCUAUGUCAUGCGUGAUGGUUUCACGUGUAUCAACCCGGAGACCAACUUAACCAUCCCACGAACCGAGUGUCUCUAUGCCAACCAUACAUACCAUGAAUCCAGCACUUACCGUGAGGUCCCUGGCGAGAUGUUCGGGAUUCAAUACGGAGCGGGUAUUGCCAGUGGUGUGAUGGCAUACGAAGAUGUUACAAUCAACGGCCUCACCGUGAAGGGCCAGAAAGUGGCCAUUGCCAACGUGUCUCAUCCCAUGGGCGACGGGGUUAACAGCGGAUUGCUCGGUCUUGCAUAUCCAUCAAUCACCUCAGCCCACCCAGAGGACAAGAAUGACAACGGAACAUUCUACUAUAAUCGCCUCCCUUACGACCCUGUCAUGUUCAGCGCAUGGAAGCAGGGCCUGACCGACUCGUACUUCAGCAUCGCCCUGGCACGAACCCCACGGAAUACCACCGUUGGGUUCGGUGGCUACCUGACCAUCGGCGGACUCCCACCCGUCAAGCACAGCUCCCAGUUUGCCGUUGCGCCCGUCGAGAUCAUCGACGUCGUCCCGCUCGAAUUCACCUCUGGCAAGCGGAUCCGAUCCUACUGGGCCACAACGUUCGGCGCAACCUUCUACGGCAGCUCCGGCAGCAGCCUGGAAAGCAACACGACCAGCUUCCAGGGGUUCUUUGACAUCGGCAACCAACUUUCAUUCCUGCCGAAAGAAGUCGCAGACGGUGUGAACUCGCAUUUCUCGCCCCCGGCUGUCUUCGAUGCCGAAUUGAAGGCGUACCGCGUCAACUGCACUGCGAAGCCGCCUAACUUCGGCCUGAAGAUCGGAAACCAAACCUUCUUUCACGAGCCGGAAGACCUCAUCUACCAGACUGGUGAUGGCUGUGUCUCUGCUAUCUCAAGCUCCCAGAACGUUGCCGUCCAGGGGAUCACGAUCCAGAUCAUCGGCGCCUCCUUCUUGAAAAGCAUCCUGUCUGUCUAUGACUUUGGCAAGAACGAGAUGCGAUUUGCCAAGCUGUAUGAUGUUUCCAAGCCGGACGGUAAUGGUACUGUGCCUUCGCUGCCGCCUUCUGCGUCCGGCUUUCCUUCGUCGUCCCCUUCUCCGUCCACUUCUACUCCUCCGCUGAGUAACGGCGGCUCGCUGGUGACCUCCAACGGUUUGCUUUCUCUGCUCGCUGUCCUCGGGUCUGCGUUCGUUGGAGGAUUUUAG